AUGGAGCUUUUGAUAGAAAGGAAAGAAAAAAAAUCGUUUUCUUCUCUUCCGAUUUACGAUCUUCUUCCAAUCUCGUGUUCUGCCGAGAUUCUUCGACGGAACACCACCGCCGUCUCCAUGCAUAAGAAAGGGGUCUCUAUGGGUACAGAUGUUAUCAGCAAUCUGCCAGAUGAUGUUCUUGGCAAAAUCCUGUCUUUCAUUCCCACUAAACUUGCUGCUUCAACCUCUGUUCUGUCCAAGAGAUGGAGGAAUCUGGUUCCUCUAGUAGACACUUUUUCAUCCGCACGAAAAAGACUUGGCAAGUCUUGA